CGGGCCCUGCGGGACGCGGCGCGGAGCCCAGUCCCCGCGCAGGAGGCGCGGGCUCCGGGCAGCGCCCGGCCCCGGGCAUGGACAGAGGGAGCUGGGCGCGCAGGGGGCGCCGCGGGACCGGGCGGCCGGAGCGCUGAGCCAGACAAAGGCUCCGGAGUUGCGCUUGCUCUCAGGAGCCGGGCCCCGGGCGCUGGGCGCCGAGCCUGCGGGACUGACUCCGCGGCGGGCAGCUCCGGCCGGACCUCUUUCCCGCAGGCGGGCUCCGCGCGCCCGGACCUGUCCUGCCUCAUUCUCCCCAGGCUUGAGAAUUUGCCGUGGGGACCUCAGCCGCUCCGGCGGGGACCAGGAGCCAGAGGUCCGCCGCGCGCCCGCCGGGCCGGGAGCCAGGGAGCUUCGCAAGUUUCCGAGUGCCCGCGAAGAGCGAGCCUCCCGUGCCGCCCUCGGUGCGGGGCUGUGCACCGACAGCAUGGGCAGCGAGCGGGGCGCACCCGGACGGCCCGGCUGCAGGGAGGCGGUGGCGCGCCCGCGGCUGCUGCCACUGCUCCUGGCGCUCCUGGGCUGCCUGGGCCGCGGCGCGGCGGCGGAGGACGCAGAAGUCCAUGCCGAGAACUGGCUGCGGCUCUACGGCUACCUGCCCCAGCCUAGCCGCCACAUGUCCACCCUGCGUUCCGCCCAGAUCCUGGCCUCGGCCCUCGCGGAGAUGCAGCGCUUCUACGGGAUCCCCGUCACCGGGGUGCUUGACGAAGAGACCAAGGCGUGGAUGAAGCGGCCCCGCUGUGGGGUGCCGGACCAGUUCGGGGUGCACGUGAAAGCCAACCUGCGGCGGAGGCGCAAGCGCUAUGCCCUCACCGGCAGGAAGUGGAGCAACAACCACCUGACGUUCAGCAUCCAGAACUACACGGAGAAGCUGGGCUGGUACCACUCGAUGGAGGCCGUGCGCAGGGCCUUCCGCGUGUGGGAGCAGGCCACGCCCCUGGUCUUCCAGGAGGUGCCCUACGAGGACAUCCGGCUGCGGCGCCAAAGGGAGGCCGACAUCAUGGUGCUCUUCGCCUCCGGCUUCCACGGUGACAGCUCGCCCUUCGAUGGCACUGGGGGCUUCCUGGCCCACGCGUACUUCCCCGGCCCCGGCCUGGGCGGAGACACCCACUUUGACGCCGAUGAGCCCUGGACCUCCUCCAGCACUGACCUGCAUGGGAACAGCCUGUUCUUGGUGGCAGUGCAUGAGCUGGGCCACGCGCUGGGGCUGGAGCACUCGAGCAACCCCAGUGCCAUCAUGGCGCCGUUCUACCAGUGGAUGGACACGGACAACUUCCAGCUGCCCGAGGACGACCUCCGUGGCAUCCAGCAGCUAUAUGGCACCCCAGAUGGUCAACCACAGCCCACCCGGCCUCUCCCCACUGUGACAGCCCGGCGACCAGGCCGCCCAGACCACCGGCCUCCUAGGCCCCCCCAGCCAUCACCUCCACGGGGGAAGCCAGAGCGGCCCCCAAAGCCAGGGCCCCCGGCGCAGCCCCGAGCCACAGAGCGGCCCGACCAGUAUGGCCCCAACAUCUGCGAUGGAGACUUUGACACGGUGGCCAUGCUUCGCGGGGAGAUGUUCGUGUUCAAGGGCCGCUGGUUCUGGCGAGUCCGGCACAACCGCGUCCUGGACAACUAUCCCAUGCCCAUUGGCCACUUCUGGCGAGGGCUGCCCAGUGACAUCAGCGCCGCCUACGAGCGCCAAGAUGGCCGUUUUGUCUUUUUCAAAGGUGACCGCUACUGGAUCUUCCGAGAAGCCAACCUGGAGCCCGGCUACCCACAGCCACUGACCAGCUAUGGCCUGGGCAUCCCAUACGACCGCAUCGACACGGCCAUCUGGUGGGAGCCCACAGGCCACACCUUCUUCUUCCAAGAGGACAGGUACUGGCGCUUCAACGAGGAGACGCAGCACGGAGACCCCGGCUACCCCAAGCCCAUCAGUGUGUGGCAGGGGAUCCCAGCCUCCCCCAAAGGGGCCUUCCUGAGCAACGAUGCGGCCUACACCUACUUCUACAAGGGCAGCAAGUACUGGAAAUUCGACAACGAGCGCCUGCGGAUGGAGCCUGGCUACCCCAAGUCCAUCCUGCGGGACUUCAUGGGCUGCCAAGAGCAAGCGGAGCCAGGACCCCGAUGGCCGGAUGUGGCCCGGCAGCCCUUCAACCCCGACGGGGGUGCGGAGCCCAGGCCGGACGGCGAUGACGGCAGGGAGGACGGUGCAGGGGGCGGGGAGGGGGACUUCGGAGGAGGCGCUGACAAGGACGAGGACGGGGGCAGCCGCGUGGUGGUGCAGAUGGAGGAGGUGGCGCGGACGGUGAACGUGGUGAUGGUGCUGGUGCCGCUGCUGCUGCUGCUGUGCGUCCUGGGCCUCGCGUACGCGCUGGUGCAGAUGCAGCGCAAAGGCGCGCCGCGCGUGCUGCUCUACUGCAAGCGCUCCCUGCAGGAGUGGGUCUGACCCGCCGGCUUCUGGAAGGUUCCUCGGCCACAGGUGGAGGAAGGGGUUUCCUCCUGCCUGGUCCCUAUCCGCCCCCUGUCAGUCCUGCCCUCCUUGUUUAUUUAUGCCUGGGUAUCUUUUUUCUUUUUCUUUUUCUUUUCUUUUCUUUCUUUUUUUUUUUUUUGCACCUCAUGUUCUGCUCCAGUCAGGCCCCCAUUCACCCGCGGCCCUCCCCAGGGCCACAGCCAUGGGCUCUGUUUGCCUUGAACUGGCCUAGCUGGGUCUCUCUCUGCCUUAGGAAGAGCCUUCCCUGAGGGGCAGCGCUGGCAGGGCAAGGGAGUGAGGAAGGGGGGGGGGGGGCCAUGCAAUCCAGUCAGUCCACUGAGUCAGGGUGAAACCUGGUGUACUCCCAGCUGCCUGCCGAGAGCUCCAGCUUUCCUGGCUCCUUGUGCCUAAGAAACCACCUCCCACCCCCGGCUGGCAGCUCCCAGCUCCCCCGUACCCCUCGGGCCCACACCUCCUUCCCUCUCCAGAGGAGCGGCCCUGAGCCUGCCUUACCAAGGACCAAAGGGAGCCUGCUGAAGCCGUCCCCCAAGGGUAGCCCUGGCCCCCGUGCCAGGCCCAAGAAUCUCCUGAACUAGGAUGCACCUGCUCCUCUUGGGCCUCCUCCCCUCACUACCCCCACUCACACUACUGCCCCCAGGGGUCUUGACGGGCAAAGAGGCUGGUUGGGUCCCAGGCCGGGACGCCCACCUGUGAGCCUGCGCCCAGUCCGUGAGUCAGACCUGGGGCUCCAGCUUUCUGUGUCCCUGGGGGACACUGGUGGGGACAGGCCAGCCGCUCAUCUCCACCCACGUGUGGAGCCCAUAGUGGCCGCAGAGGCGCCCCUCCCGUAGGGCUUGGCCUGAAGGUGGAGGUGCCUGCUCCUGCGGCGGGACACGGUACUGUAGUGCUGGCUGUCCUCCUGCUCCCCCGAGGACCCCGGGGGGUGGAGGGUCCUGCCGGCCUCCUCCUGGGCUCAGCAGCUCCCCCCACCCCACCCACCUCUGCAGAACUGAGAGCUGGCUGAAGGGUGGGAGAGGGGGAUCUGGUGUCCGCCCCAGCCAUUGUUUCUGUAAAUAAUCUACAUUGAAUAAAUGUACAG